AUGGUAAUACCAAAAUCACAUGAGGCUAGAGAUGACAUUCAAUUCACAUCAAUUCAUCAUGUAGAUAUCUGGCCAGUAGAGUGUGAUAUAGAAAAUGAUUGUAAUGAUGACAUUUUUAGCCUUGAAUCUGUUAAAGUUGAGGAAGAGAAUUUCGAAUAUGAGAAUUACAAAUUUGAAGUAAAUGGGAAUCAUGAGAAAGAUACUGCUGGAAAACAAGAAGACUUGGAGAUUGAUGCGUUUGAAGAUCGACAUGAGGAUCCGGAGAACGACUUGCCACUAAUUUCAUUAGGUUCAAAGAGUAAAACAGAUGACGUUAACAUAGAACGGCCCUACAUACAAACAAAUAAUUUUUCAAAACCGUGUGUAUUACAAAGAGUCAUUUGCAAACACAUAUGA